CCCCGCGAUCUCUGUGCCAUUACCAGUAGCGCCUAUGCCAGCGAGACCUCGAUUUAUACUUUCGUCCCCAUGUAUUUCUCAGUGCCAUCAACAAUCUUUUCCAGAGUUUCAUCCCAUAGAGCCACUCCUCUGUCGUCGUCACAAUGCCUCUCUGCACCCUCCAUCUCCUCUCACUACAUACCACAACUCCUAGCCCAAUAUCCGCUUUCCUCUCCGCCCUCAAGGCCACCAACCUCAAACCCCUAGUCAUCUCACGCGUCAUUCGUUGGAUCAUCCUCCCAAAAGAACUUUCGACAGAAAGCCUUCUCGCCCGCAACAUCCAUUGGGACCUCCUCCUCAUCCUGCCCUCAACGGAUGCCCUCCCUUCUUCCCUCCAGAGCUUGGUCCAGCACGACUGGACCGUAACCGCAGGCAUCCCGUCGCGCCUCCUCAAGGACUUCUCAACUAAGAACAAUCAACUCCUCCACCCCGCCCCAGAAUCCGUGCCUCAGCUCACUGGUGCCUUGAAGAACCCGAAAGUCGCUCAAUCAGCGCAAAACCUAGAGCUAUCUCCGGAACUGCAGGCUUGGGUCCAAUCCUUCUACAACGGCUCCAGCGCCGCCGGCCGUGGCGCCGUCUCCAUGCUCAACCUCCUCUCCUUUAAGCCAGGCCUAAAAGGCUCCUAUCUCAAAUACGGGGCAGCAUUCGCCUCCGACGUCGGCUCCAAGCGUGGCGGUAACGCGAAACUUGUCGGUACCGUCGUGGACGUAGCGGGGAAGAAGAAGGAAGGUGACGGCGGCUGGGAUGAGAUUGCUCUCGCGCAUUAUCCCAGUAUCUUGCACUUUGCUGAUAUGCUAGGUGGAAGGGAUUACCAGGAGGCGAACUCCAAGUGGAGGGUGCCGGCUUUGAAGGACACAUUUAUCUUGUGUACAAGUGAGAUCGCGGUGGAGGAGAUGCUUCAAGGAAAGCAGAGUAAGUUGUAAACUAGUAUUGAAAUAAAGUAAAGAACAUAGGCACUUGGUCGCUGAAAUGUAUGAUUACUGCGAGGACAAGUCUCCAACGAGUCCCUCAGAAACCGAGACUCACACAGCACCAGCAGCCUUAGCAGCGUGUCCCUUGGUUAUGCCCAGGUCCCUAGCUUCGACAUCGACAAUCUCAGGCACGAGAUCGAACAGGCUCUUCUGCGUCGGCUUCCAGCCAAACAACUUGUUCGCCCGAAUUGAUCUGCACCUGGAAUUCACGCCCCAGAGAUAGCUUCCUAGCUCUACCAACUUGUCGGCUUCUUCUGUGGAGAUGGCGUCGACUUCAGAGGUCUCGAUGUAGCCUUUGUCCUUCGCAGCCUUCGCAAUCUCCUUUGCAAGGUC